GUAGGCAUUUUGUAGGUUCAGAGGAGAGAGAGAAUGGAAGUGAAGGGUUCAUCGAAGAAGAUGAUAGCAACGCAGGAAGAGAUGGUGGCGAACAAAGUGCCAUCCCAUAGGGACCAAUGCGCCCACCUUGAUCCCCUCAACAAGUGCCGGCAAGCCGAGUUUUACUUGCCCUGGAAAUGCGAGAACGAACGCCACCCGUACGAGAAGUGUGAGUACGAGCUCGUCAUGGAGAGGAUGCUGCAGAUGCAGAUCCGUGAAGAGGGCCAAGUUGAAACAGGCCGGAAACAAGGCGGAUCGAUCCCUCUCAUCCCCAAAACUGCUAAUACUUGAGCUACCCAGAUGGUUUUAACGGCUUCGGGGAUGUUUGAUUUUUGUUGUUGUCAUCCGAUAAAAAGUGGAAACUGUUUGUCCUGAACUCAUGUAAAGGACACCAUUUUUCUUUCUUCUGAUCUUUAGCUGCUCAUCAACUUUGUUUAUGGAAUAAGGUUAAUGAUCAAACAGAUGAUUUUCUUGGA